ACUUCAGAUGUCGCUAUUUGUUUAAAAAAAAAACCUUAGCGCCAGUUGCCAAUGGAGAUAAUUGAUUAAUAAAUUUUUCCUGAAAUUUUUUUGAAUUAGCUCAAAUAAAUAAAUUAUAAUUAUAAUUGCAUAAAUUUAUUAAAGCAACUGAACUAGACGUAUAAAUAAGCACAAACAUUAAACGAAUUAGUCGUGGCGUUAUAGCUUCAUUAGAAGCAGGGCCAAUAACAUAAAUCAACAAACAAACAAACAAAGCAAUUUAGAAACUUGCAAAAUGUUUGGUGGUUUCCAAUGUUCGAUUCCGGCGGAAGCCGAUCGCAAGGUGGAUAAAAUCAACAAUAUUUUCAUAGAGACUGUGAUGGAGCAGGAGCGUCGAGUCAAGGAUUUAAAAGCUCAAGAAGUACAAAUGACGGCCGAAAACACGGGUGUACGUGCUCAGCAAGAAAUCCCUGAUAUUUCAAUAGAAUUGAAGGCACAGAAAGUAGAGGACUUUUUAAAUAAGAAACGUCGUCAGCAGCUACGACAAAACAAUUUAGAGCUACGACAAUUAGAGAAGCAACUUAAAGCUGCAUUUAUUUCUAAAGAGCUUGUGGAGCAGAAGGAAGCAGCGGAUAAACUAAAGGAGGAGCAAAUGAAGAGCAAGCGCUUAGAAGAUAUUGAAUUCGAAAAGGAGCAACUGCGCUGCAAAGAGGCGCUUAUUGAAUCUGAAAGGAAAGAAUGGAAAAAGAAGGAAGAAUUUCGGAGUGUUCUUUUAAGUCAAAUGGCGGAAUCACAGCAAAGACGAAAAGAUGAAUAUACAGAGGUUCUAAAGGACAGGGAUUUAAUGCAAAAAUUAUUGCAUAAAUAUAAGACUGAGCACGAUUCGGAAUUGAUGGAACUUGAGAGGAGGAAAGAAAGUGCCAAAAAGGAAAUGGACGAAUUUAAACGCAAACAAGAGGAAUAUAAAUUAAUGCAAAUGUCUCAAAAGAUAGAUGAGGUAGAGCGAUUCCAGGAGAUGAUGAAGGAGCGCGAGGAGAAGAAUUUGCAACUGAAAUUGCAAAGAGAAAAGCAGACCCAAAAGAGGGCAGAAUUGAGUGAUCGUAUUGGACAAGAAUUAUACAAAGUUGAGAGCGAGAAACGAAGACGCGAAAACCUAUUGCUCGAUUUAUUGGUGGAGGAACGCAACACCAAUGAGGAUAUGAGAUAUAAACAAAACCUUGAGAAGCAACAUAAUGAUCGUAUUCAAAUGCGUAUGGAAUUUGAACGUUAUCGUAAGGAACGAGAGCGGCAAAAACUAGAGCGCGAGCAAAAUGAGGAUGCCACAUUCCUUGCUGAGAUGCGGAAACAGCUGGCUGAACGUGAUAAAAUAGACCAAUUAGCGGAUGAAAAACGUCGUCAAAAGAUAAGAGAACAUGGUCGUGUUAUUCAAGAAAUGAUAGAGCUACGCCGACGUCAACGUGCCGCUGAUGCUGCAGAAGAGAUUAAAUGGCAUGAAUUCUUGAAUAAAGAGGAACGAAAGCGCCUGGAGUUGGUUGAAAAUGAACGUAUGGAAAUGCUUAAAAAUGCUCCGGUUGACGUCUUGCGCUACCUGCCGUCUGGCGUUCUAAAGGACAUGGACCGAAAAGUUCUUGGCCUUUCCGACAAAAGCUACAUGGAUAUCGCUUUAAAUAUAGCAACAGUACCUUCACCAACGCGAAGCGUACCAACUCCUGUGAAGAAGAAAACUUUCUCUAGAGGCACUGCGUCGAGCAAUGAAGGAUUCACGUUUUCAUUUGGCGGUGCACAGCAUAAAGUAAAAGCCAUUGUAGCACGUAAGCGGCCAGCUAAAAGGCCUCAAUCUUCCAACGUUAGCAAACAAACUCCUUCAGUUAAACUCGGAGUGCAAAAUAUAGUAAAAAAUGGGGAUAAUAUGGUUAGUUCAAGUAUUUCUCAGAAGAGGGAGGAGCAAAAUUCGUUUAAAAGCAAGCCUCCAAAUAUCGAUGAUGGGCUUAUUCUUAAUAUUACGACCGAUUCUGCUCCAAUCAUACGGCCCAAACCAAAGCCCAAAUUAAGUCAAGCUGAGCGUUUGCGAAACAAGGCUAUGCGUAAUUCAAAUGAAUUUUCAAAAAUAAAGGGUAAAAAUGUGAAUAAAUUUUCGGAUCGUCGAAGGCACCCUAACGAUAGAAAUGAACAAAACGAAAAGAGCGGAGAAAAUGAUCAGCAAAAUGGAGUGAAUUUAAUAGCACGAAAAGCCAACGCAUUCCGUGUAGUGCGCCCGUGCGACAAGUCAGUGAAAAAAGUAGGACUCUUUUCAAAUAGUCCAGAUACACCGGUUAUGGGUCAACGUUUUGUGAAACCAAUAACAGAACGACUUUUUGAUGGCACAAAAGUUGACACUUUAAAAAUUCAUCCACAUGCCGUAAAGAAUUUGGCUGACAUCUUGAGUAUUGUCGAGCUUACUACAGUACAGAAGAAAACGAUUCCCUUAGCGCUUGAAGGUAAAGACUUACUUAUUCGCUCGCAAACUGGCUCCGGCAAGACUCUGGCUUAUGCUUUGCCCGUAGUCGAAAAGCUACAAGAUGUACGACCGAAAAUUACACGCGACGCAGGAGUGCUAGCAGUAAUCAUUGUGCCUACUCGCGAAUUGGCCAUGCAAACAUACGAGCUUUUCCAAAAAUUGGUGAAACCAUUUACUUGGAUUGUACCUGGUGUAUUGAUGGGCGGUGAGCGGCGCAAGGCAGAAAAGGCGCGUAUACGUAAGGGCAUAAACAUAUUAGUUGGUACGCCAGGUCGCGUGCUUGAUCAUUUGCUGCACACAGAGACGUUCAAGGUGCAUAAAACACAAUGUUUAGUGUUAGAUGAAGCGGAUCGCCUACUGGAAAUGGGUUACGAACUUGAUGUUAAACAAAUCGUCGAAUUAAUUGAUACACAACGAUCCAAAUCUGUGGAGGAAAACAAAGAUACUGUGCCGCACCUACAACGUUUGUUGCUGUCUGCAACGCUCACCGCUAAUGUACAACGAUUGGCCGGUCUCACCCUUAAAGAACCUAUUUUCGUUGACAACAGCGAUGAGGCUGUCACAAAUACCAAACCGAAAACGAAAGGCUAUAUAAAGAGUGACAUUGCAGCCCAAAAUUCAGAUAUGCAGGAUGAUGGCGAAGAUACCUCUAUAAUGACUAUUCCGGAAAAUUUGAAGUUAAAUUUUGUAGUUGUUCCUCCCAAGCUGCGCCUAGUUACCUUGUGCGGUAUUUUGACUAAUGAGUUUAACAGAAAACAGCGUUUAAAGGCAAUCGUUUUUAUGAGUACCAUGGAGAUGGUAAACUAUCAUCAUGAUUUACUGAAUGAGUUGCUGACUGAAAAAGUUCUCGACGACGAGGACAAAGAAGUUGUCAGAGACGAAGAUGAUAGUGAAAGUGACCAAGAAACAGCGCUGCUGAAAGGCUUGCGAUUCUUUAGAUUACAUGGUUCCAUGUCGCAGACUGAACGUCAAGGUGUGUUCAACGGUUUCCGCGAAUGCGAGUCGGGUGUACUGUUGACAACGGAUGUGGCAGGACGUGGUGUGGAUGUCCCCAAAGUGGAACUUGUCGUUCAAUAUUCACCGCCCCAGAAUAUUGCCGAUUUCGUGCAUAGAGUGGGACGCACUGCACGUGCUGGUCAAAGUGGGCAAGCGCUUUUGCUCCUCACACCCUCUGAAGCACAGCUUGUACGUUUCCUAGAGGAUCAUCGUAUCAGAAUAUCACAAGUCGACAUGGAGAUUUAUUUAAAAACUCUUAAUGAAAAGGACGAUGAUGCGACCACAAUACAAGAGGCGGCAUCAAACCUUCAGCACAAAAUUCAGGAACUAAUAGCUGAUGAUAAGGAACUGCAUAAAAAUGCGUGUAAAGCUUUCGUGUCGUGGACCAAAUCGUAUUCAACUUUCCCAAAGGAAUUAAAACCGAUAUUUAAUAUCAAAAACGCACAUAUGGGACAUUUUGCGAAAAGCUUUGGGCUGAAGGAUCAACCCAAAACAUUUACUAAGAAACAUACGGAACCUAAGCCUCCGCCGCCUACAAAUCGUUUGACAUACACAGAGAGAGAUCCCGAAAAAAUUAAAACGGAGAAACGUGCCAAAAAGCGUCGCUUUACUACCACAGUGACCAAUGAAGUACGCGAUAGCAAUCGCCCACAGAGCAAUAAACUGGUAAAAAUGCUACCAGUGUCUCGAGCCCUCACUACGUCCGAGUUUGACAGUGGUUUACCAGCGCAGAAGAAGCGGAAGAAAGCUUGAUAUUUUCAUUUUAGUGUUACUAUUUGUAUGUAUGCAGAUUAUUUAUAAGUACAUAAAAAUGUGGAUUGUUAAAAAUGUAUUUUUAUGCGUGAAACUAAUUCUGAUACUUACUGAAAGGCUCAACCAAAUUGUGUUUUUAAAAUGUUUAAAAUA